GGACUUUCAUUCCUUUUCUUGGGCUGCCAUCACAUCCAUCUUCGAUACACACAUACACAGAAUUCCUACAGUACAAAGUCAAUUUCAACCUUUAAGAUGCCUCCUAAGCGUCGUCCUCCUCCAAAAUCUCUCGCGCCUCCCAAGUCAAAGAAAUUCAGAUUAGACAACGUUGCCUUGGAAACUUCGGUAUCGACCACAGCCAGCAUCUCAGCAGCUAGCAAUGACCUAUCUCUCAUAUCGACUUCUGCAAAGGAUGGUUCCGCUGCAUCUGGCAGCCAACUUCCCUUUGAAACUCAAGAUAAUACUCUUAGAAUGUUUACUCAGGAAGAUCAACUUCAAUCUGUUCCCCCAGGAUACGCGCUGUUUGGUAAUAACAUGGCAGUAAAGAACGGCCCCAACAACCAACAGAAUCGCUUCAAUUAUGAGCCAGCAUGGCAAACUAGCUAUAAGGCAAGAUACAAUGAGAGGCCAGCACAAGAAAUCAAGUCGAAGGAAGAUACAAGAUACAAUGAGAGACCAGCACAAGAAAUCAAGUCGAAGGAAGAUAAAAUUAUCUCUAAACCACCUCGUAAGAGGAGAUACAAUACUGCUAAGAGAAGAGCCGCCAAAUUCAAUUUCCCCACCGAAAUCAUCCGUCUCAUCUUCCGAUGUCUCAUUUCCGAACAUCAAACCUUCGACAACGACCUCUGCACCGCCGUCUGCUUUGCCUUAACCUGCCGUCCCCACUGGAUAAUCUUCCGCUCCAUCCACAGUCUCAAGAUCUCCCUCCUCGUUCAAGCCCCCAGAACCUUCAACCACAAAAAGGCCUCAGUUCCCUACAGACUCGGAGAUCUCUUGAUCCAAUGGAUGCUUCCACUAUACCGUCCUUUACGCUGUGUGAUUCAGGAUGGCAGAGUCGUGCUAGAAGGUAUCGUAGCUAUCACGUUAUUUGUCAGUUUCGCUGCAUAUCCCAAAGUAGGAGGCGAGAAAGAUCGUGAGCUCGAAUCAAGAAUCUUUGAAUACAAGCGCAACUUUUUUUCCAAAUUCUACUGUAUCUACCAUGGAAUUCAUUACAGUCUCGAAAACGAUGUUGCAGGUCUGAAUUGGUUCAUCCCAAACCCGUUUCGUAUGGGCCUGGAAUGGUAUCCUGCUACAAUCCGCUUUCUCAAACAGACUAUCUUUGGCUGGAAGCCCGAUUGUCAUUUGGAUAGAGAAUAUCAUUGGCUUACCAAUAAGGAGGAGUAUACUCGUCAUUAUCAAGUUUGGUCGAUUUAUAAAGGUUGGAUGGUAAGAGACUGGGUUGAGGCGCAACCAGAAGCAAUGGCAUACAAGAGAUCUCGCGGAUUGGGUGAGGAUCAGACGAAAAUAGGUAUGAGGGAUGGCUUUGAGAUGCUGAAGUUGGUGGAUGUGCAAAGUGUGGAGCAUAAGCAGAGGGUUCAGGAGGUUGUGUCUGAGAUGAUGAAGAUCGUUCCGAAUCAGAGAGUUUGCUUAGAGGAAUGCAGUUGUGAAGAUAUCUAUCUGGCACAUUAGGGCGGGAUAUGGUAAUUUGAUGUUACUAGUCCUUUUUUUGAGUUAGGGCUGUGGCAGAGAGGUGGUGUGAUUGCUGCCUCGAAACUUUCACUUCUUUCCCGAGCAACUAUGCCCGAGUGACUACUCCUUCAUGGAUGAUGUCAACUCUGGUAUAAUGCUUCGACUUUCACCUACCUUGCGGGAUUAAGCAAUCUCUUGUUGGCAUGCUGCAGACACUGGAUACACAUUGCAUGGAUAUGUCGUUGUCUCAGAUUGCCAACAAUAGCGCUGGAUUGUUUAAACCGUCUUAUUUUAGUUUAGUUUAUGAAUAAUGAAUCUCAUCUCUUUCAACCCA